AGAGAGAGGAAGUUUGUCUUCCUCAUCACUGGAGCCUCACACUUCACCACUUCAACAGCCGAGUGAUCAAACAUGACGGAAAUGUGAAAGUAAGAUGUCAAGUCAAACGGGUCCGGCUCAGAAGAACCUCAGUGAAGAGGACAGCUCUGGAUCUGAUGUGGGGUCAGAGGUUGGUCUUGAACCUGAGACAGACCGGUUUGGCUUCAUUGUGACAAAUGGAUCCACAGCUGGGAGUGUGGGCCCACCGCCUGAGCUGGUCAGGCAGAGGGAGACCAAGUGGAUAAACAUCAUUAGCCAAUGGGAUCGCAUGUUGUUGAAGAAGACCAGUAAGGUCAAAGUGCAGUGUCAGAAAGGCAUCCCGGCCUCACUCAGAGCCAAGUGCUGGCCUCUGCUGUGUGGAGCUACUGACAGGAUGAAACAGAAUGAAAACCUCUACCAGUCUCUGGACUCGCAGCCUGCUCUGCAGAGCUGGGUGGAUGUGAUUGAGAGAGACCUGGACCGACAGUUUCCUUUCCAUGAGAUGUUCCUCUCCAAGGACGGACACGGGCAGCGUGGUUUGUUCCGGGUGUUGAAAGCGUACACUCAGUACCAACCAGAGGAGGGUUACUGCCAGGCACAGGGGCCUGUUGCUGCAGUGCUGCUGAUGAACAUGCCUGCUGAGGAGGCCUUCUGGUGUCUGGUGCAGAUUAGCGAGCAGUACCUGCCUGGAUACUACAGCCCUCUGCUGGAGGGAGUCCUGUUUGAUGCAGCCAUGCUGACCUGGGUCUUGAAAAGAACGUGUCCAGCUGCACACAAACACUUGCAGCACCACGGAGUGGAGCCCCUCAUGUUCGCCACAGACUGGCUGAUGUGUCUCUUCACACGUCACCUGCCUUUCAACACGCUGCUCCGAGUCUGGGAUCUCUUUUUCUGCUAUGGAGUGCGGGUGCUGCUCCAGGUGGCGGUGGUCCUGGUGCGUCGGGUGCUGGGCCGGGCCGAGCAGAGGAAGCAGUGUCAGGGCCAGAUGGAGACUCUGGAGAGGCUGAGGGGCGUCAGGGAGGAGGUCCACGAGGAAGAUGACACCUUCAUAGCAGAGGUGUGCUCGGUGCAGCUGUCAGCCAGAGAUCUGGAGAAGCACACGGAGAAGGAGUUAGAAAAGUGGAGGAAAGACAGACCCUCAUCCACCUUUGACCCCAGAGGUCGCUGCCAGGGAUACCGGAUGGCGUGGGCGAGGGCACGACAGAGUGAGGAGGCACGGGACAGGGAAGCGAGAGAGAAAGGGAACCUGUCUGUGCCUCUUACCCGCUCGGCCUCCACUCUAUCGCUGUCUCCCUCCCUCCUUCAAAAGAGGUGGAAGAAAGGGGGAAAGGCGAGCACACGCGAAUGGGAGGGCGGCGGCAAAGUUGUGAGGCAUCUCUCAAUGGGAGCAAAAGAGGACUUCAGGAGCUGCACAGAGUUGAAUUUUAAGAAGGUGCAGGGCGUUCAGGAGGAGGAGGACGUAGUUUUCGAGGAACAUAAAAAACAGAGUGAGACAAAACUAACAGGAGAAACUGAACAGAAAGAACUCUUAGAAGAACCUAAAAAGAUGGAGAUCCAAAAUGUGCCAACAGAGCAUGUAGAAACAGUCAUAAAAGACGAGAUUGUACAAAUGGAAACAAGAACAACUGAAAAGGAAGAAAGCCCACUCAAAGAGACAGUGGAAACUAAAAUGCUUUCAGAAGAGACGGAAAAAACAAACGUGGAGACAGAACGAACCAACAGUCCAGCUGAAGAUCAGACUUCUGAAAAUAUUCUUCAGCCUGAACACAAACAGGGAGAGGAGCUGGACUCCAGCAGCCCGUCACAAGUCUUGGAACAGCAGAGUCCAGAGAGCAAGCACCUGGAAACUGAGGUGAAAGACACAAAUAAAGAGACAGAAGAACAAAGUGGACACACAGCUGCUGUGGAGGAGAAACAGACUGAGAUACAGGAAGAUGCAGAUAAAAGCACAGAGGUGGAGACGCAAGAGAGUGUUGCCUCAAGUGAGGAACAGGACGUGAAACCAGAGGAGAGCACAGAAACUGAAAAUGUGCAACAGACGCAGGUGGACGCAGUCACAGCUGAGACAAGCCCGGGCUCAGAGACAGACGGUAAAACAGAAGCUGCAACUGUAAAAGAUCCUCCAGUAGAGACAGAGACACAACAGCAAGACGUGAUCACAGAGACAGACGGUAAAAUCGAAGCUCCAACUAUCACAGAUCCUCCAGUAGAGACAGAGACACAACAGCAAGACGUGAUCACAGAGACAGACGGUAAAAUCGAAGCUCGAACUGUCACAGAUCCUCCAGUAGAGACAGAGACACAACAGCAAGACGUGAUCACAGAGACAGACCAAAGCUCACAGGGAGAUGCGUUUGAAGGAAAAUACCAGAGUCAUGAGUCAUUAGCAGAAAUAGACAUGACAGAAGAGCCCCACACCCAGUCAGAGACAGAAAGUGAUGCACUGGCACAGACGCAAGAAACAGUCAAGAACAAUGCAGCCACACAGGAUGAACUGGAGGCUGACAGGCACACAGAUUCACACACAGACGCAGAAACAUUAAUACAGAGUUCACCUGAAUGCAUCGAACAACAAGAAGAUACUGACUUAAUAGGUGAUACAGAGACUGAAGCAGAAACACCAGCUGCAAGUGACAUAGUGACAGAGUCAAGUGAAGCAUUGGAGAAAGAGUGUGAUGCAGCUGCAUGUGAACCUACACAGGAGGAAGAAGAAGGAAGUUUGACUGCACCCUCAGAGGCCCAGGUUGAUAAGCAAACAGAGGAAACAACAGAAACAGAGACGACUGACUCGAUAGCACCUCCACUGAAGGAUGUGACUUCAACACAGGCUGAAGCUGUGACUCUCACCACUGAGCCUGAUGGAGAGACCAGUUUAGUGGAAAUGAGUAUCUCUGAGGAACCUGCACCUGAACAACCAACGAGCCAGGUCACUGUGGGUGCUGUGGAGGAGGAAGAAAGCACAGAAACUGUUCAAGAAAACACUGUAGAAGAGGACGACGUCUUUAUUCCCACUGCACCAACAGACUCUCCCAACACUGACAGCAUCCCACAAGUCCAAGAAAACGACUCUCACCUUGUGAAAGACCAGGAAGAGCCGAAUGACAGCAGUUUGACACAAGCCUCCGCUUUAUGCAGCAGUCGGUCCUCUGGGGAUGUCUGCAUCCGCAAGCCUUCCAGUUCCCGUGGGACCAGGUUAGCACGCCGGCUCUCUGAAGAUCUCUUCAUCAUGCCAGAGAGGAAAUCACAAUCUAUCCCAAAUCACCCAGAGGUUGAACACGGUGAAUCACAGUCCAAUCCUGGAGCUGUAAAUCCAACCCAAACUCCUCGAUGUCACCCCGUCACCGUCUGCAGCAGUGACCGAGACGACGGCAGCGCAGCAGGAGCAGCCGCCGCCUGA